GUAAUGUUUACUUCUUUUUGUACCGCAAUUAACGAAAGAGUUCCGAGGCGCGAGAAGUGAAAGAAAUGUUUGAGAGAAAAGGGAAUGAUCACUCAGAUGACUUACUGUCAAAGCCACAACCAACACACGCAACAUGUGAAAGACAGUCAGUCAACUUUACAGAUUGUUCUGAAAGGUUUCUGUUGAAGGAUAAGAGCUUUACCAGGCAGUAUGCUCAUUUAUACGCAGAAAGACUGUGGGCAGUGCGUCCAGAGGUAGAGGUUGCUGCAAAGAAAAAAUGGGGAAAGGAUGUUUGUAUUAGAAAGUUACAUGAGCUGAAGAGUGAUGAGACCUGUGUUGUGAUAGGUACGCUGUUUAAACACAUGGAACUGAAGCCAAGCAUAUUACAAGAAAUCAGUGAAGAGCAUAAUUUGAUGCCCCAGCCAGUUAGAACAAAAUUUGUGGCAGAUUCAGACAAACUGUAUCUGGAGGAUGAACUACAGAGGAUAAUUUUGGUGGGAGACCUGGACGUCCAAACAGCUGUUACAGGUGUUAUCGUAGCUGUGUAUGGCAAAGAACCCGAGGAUGACCGUGGCAAGUUCCAUGUAGAGGAUUACUGUUUUCGAAUGUUAAAAGAACAGGUCCCCAGGCCAGUUUUAGAGAAUGACAAAUAUUUGAUCCUGAUAUCAGGACUAGAAAUAGGCAGUAAGGAAGAGCAGAUCUUCACCCUGCAGCUCUUUGUUGACAUGGUGACAGGAAUGCUGGGUAAUAGUCCAGAACAGAGUCGCUGUUCCGAGAUAUCCAGAAUCGUUGUAGCGGGGAAUUCUUUGAGUUCUAGCACACAAGACAGAGACAGUUUGCAAAAGGCAAAGUACCUUAGUAAGAAAACAGCAGCAGGAAGUGUGGAUGCAGUUAAAACACUGGAUGAUGUCUUCACACAACUAGCAAGUUCCGUGGAUAUAGAUUUGAUGCCAGGUGAAUUUGAUCCUGCUAAUUACACCCUCCCCCAGCAGCCACUCCACAAGUGUAUGUUCCCACAGGCCUCAAGGUAUCCGACCUUCCAGACUGUGACUAACCCGUACGACUUGAGCAUAGAAGGAGUCAGGAUUCUCGGUACAUCUGGUCAGCCUGUGCAGGACAUCAUUAGGUACAGUACCAAUGAAGACUCACUGGACAUCCUGCAGAAGAGUUUGGAGUGGGGGCACCUAGCACCCACCGCACCAGACACAUUGGGUUGUUAUCCCUUCUAUAAGGAGGAUCCCUUCAUUAUUGAUGAUUGUCCACAUAUACUCUUUGCUGGAAACAUGACAAAGUAUGACUCAAAAAUCUUCAAAGAUCCUGGUGGUCAGGAAGUCCUAUUAGUGAGUGUUCCCAAGUUCUGCCACACCACCACAGCCGUGAUGAUUAAUCUAAGAACUCAAGAGUGUCACCCUAUGCAAUUUUCAGCUUCUUUCACACCAGAACCCAACAGAUAGGAUAAUGAAAAAUAAUUAUUGUAUACAUGUACCAAAUAAAUUGUAACUAAAUGCUG